AUGCCGGACAUCAAAGUCAAUGCCACAUUCUAUCCCACCUCAUUCAUCCUGGUUGGGAUCCCUGGACUAGAAGGAGUUUAUAACUGGGUAGCUGCCAUUGUUUGCAUAUGUUAUGUUCUGGCAUUGCUGGGAAAUAUGAUGCUCCUCAUUGUCAUCUCAGCCUCUUCUGGUCUUCACAAGCCUAUGUUUACUUUCCUUUGUUUAUUGGCCUCCAAUGAUGCCCUUCUGUCCACAUGCAUAGCCCUGAAACUACUGUCUGUCUUCUGGUUCCAGGAAAGACUCAUUAGUUUUGACUCAUGUCUUCUCCAGAUGUUCUUCAUCCAUUCUUUCACCAGCUUAGAGUCGGGCCUUUUGCUUGGUAUGGCAUUUGACCGUUAUGUUGCCAUCUGCCAACCACUCAGAUAUGGGUCCGUAAUGAGCAAUGCCAUACUUUUUAAGCUGGUCAUCAUCUUACUGCUCAGAGCAGUUGCUUUGGUUGGUCCUUGUGUCAUUUUGAUCAAGAAAUUUCCUGCAUUUAAGGCCAACAUCGUGGCCCAUUCUUACUGUGAACAUAUGGUGAUUGUGAAACUUGCUGCUGCCGACAUCAGAAUAAACAGCGCUUUGGGGUUAACGGUUGCAUUCACAAUCCUGGGAGUAGACUUGCUGUUCAUCCUGGUAUCCUACUGCGCCAUCUUCCAUGCUGUCUUCAGCCUUCCAUCCAAAGAUGCCCGACUGAAAACCAUCAACACCUGCAUACCCCAUAUGGGCGUCUUUCUAAGUUUUCAUGGUCUGGCUCUCUUCACUUUCCUGUCUCACCGGUACGGCAGUGAAAGGAUUCCACCUUAUGUUCAUAUAGGUCUAGCUGAUACGUACCUUCUAGUUCCACCCAUGCUGAAUCCAAUUAUUUAUGGAGUGAAGACAAAACUGAUUCGGGAGCAGGUCUGGAAGGCUUUAUACCAAUAUCAAAGCCCUCGUGUAAAGUGA